UGGGCCACAGUGCUCCUCUUGUGGAAGUCAAGCUGUUUGUAGGGAGGGUCCCGCCUUCUUAUGAUGAAGAACGCGUACGAGACAUAUUUGCAGAAUACGGAGAAGUUCGGGAGGUUGUUAUCAUUCGCGAUAAACAAACAAAUAAACAUAAAAGCUCUGCAUUUGUAAAGAUGGGUUCACUAGAGUGGGCGGACUCGUCAAUACGCGCCUUACAUGGAAGUCGCGUACUAGAUGCAGCACUGGGUCCUAUGAUGGUCCGAUAUGCAACCGGAGAGGCAGAGAGACUGGGCCUGCAGCAGCAGCAUCUACAAGAUCAACAAGCGACCAGUGCACAAGAACCCGCACACUCAAUGAUAAAGCUAUUUGUGGGCAGUAUACCUAGACAUAUGCGAGAAGAGGAACUGCAGCAAUUCUUCGAGGCCUACGGGGCAGUCCAAGAAGUUAUUAUAAUAAGAGACGGUAGUAGUGGCACCAGCAGGGGAUGCGCAUUCAUCAAAUAUAAAUACAAAGAGGAAGCUUUACAUGCAAUUCGAAGUCUUCACGCACGUCAUGUCUUCGAAGGAUGUUCGCGACCCGUUGAAGUUCGUUUUGCUGAAACGCGGCAGCAGCAGCAGCAGCAACAUCAUCACCAUCAUCAUCUACAUAAUGCCGCUGCUCAUGCUGCUGCUGCCGGAGCGGGAGGAGCAGGUGGUGGUGGUGGUGGGACAUUAGCAGCUGCUGCUGCAGCAGUAGCAGCAGCAGCUGCUGCUGCCGCAGGCAGUAAUACGCAUCCUCGACAGGCAGGGCCAUGGAAAGAGUAUUUUACUCCUGAUGGAAGACCGUAUUAUCAUAAUGAAUUGGCGAAUAUUACCACCUGGGACCGUCCUCCCGAGUUUGAUAUGCUACCUCCUGCUUUAGCAACCAUGCUAGUACCUG